AACAUGUCCUGUCAAGUUUCUUUGAUUCAAUCGCACAGCCUAAACUCGCAGUUUACAGACGAUGAAGUUGUCUUAAGGAAUUUACAGCGUGUCAGUGUGAUGAAACACACCAAAACAAAGACUGUUUUGAUGCAAGUCAUUUCUUUACAACUACCUGCCAACUGAUGGGAUUGGAAGUUGAUGUCCAACAUGUCCACCAUAUCGCUAGAUUUUGACCGCAAGAAAGAUGUUGAUGUGAGUCAGUUGCUUGCCGAAAACAAGACUCUUGCCUCUGAGCUGAAGCAGUGUCAGGCUGACAAGGAAUUUGUGUGGUCGUUAUGGAAACGGCUGCAGGUAUCAAAUCCAGAUGUUACAGAGGCGAUAUCCCUGGUCAUACAGAGGGAGAAAGAGAAGUCCGAGGCCAAGGACCUCAAGGUCCUGGAGAUCCUGCAGAUCAAGGAUGACCGUAUUGAAGAGCUCCAGAACAUCGUAGCCAAACAGUCACUGGAGAUCAGCGACCUGCUCACCAAGAAGGUAGAUCUCCAGGAACAGACAGGCAGGUUCCAGGCAGAGUGUGACCAGCUCCAGGACAGACUGACCUCGUCACAGGCACAGGUGAAGAGAUUGGAGACUAAGGAGCAGAGCAGUGAUGAAAUCCAUCGCCAGACCAUCACAAACACCCAGAGAGAGAAGCAUGAGUUCCAGAGGCGGAUUACAGAGCUGUCAACAGAGAUGGAGAUCGUGCGGGCAGAGAAGGCUGACAGUCUGGCCAAGAGGCUGAAUCUGGAGAACAAAAUACGGACACUUGACAGAGAGGUGUCAGACAAGGUGACCAAGUUUCAGAGUCUUGUCCAAGAGUUAGAGGAGGCAAACCAAAAGCUCCAGAGGUUUGAGGAAGAUGGCCGGCAACAGCAGAGGGAGAUCACAUACAAGAACAGGGAGCUGGAGAAUGUCAGGAAGGAGCUGUCUGAGCUGUGGGCCAGUCACAACCAGCUGACAGAACACUCCAGUCAGCAAGCAGAGCUCAUCCGGCAGCUGCAGUCUCUACAGCUGGACACCCAGAAGAUGAUGAAGAACCAGGAAGAUGCUUUCUCCAUGGAGUCCACAUCACUACAACAGAUGUAUACUGACCUCAGUUCCCGCUAUGAGAUCAGCCAGAGAACAGAGACAAGCCUUCGAAAGGAGAUCCUUGCUUUAAAACAGGAUGCCCUGGAGAAGGAUGACCCGAUUGGCCAGCUGAAGGACCCGUCCCCCACUAGGAAGACCCUCAGUGGGGACCUGGAGGGCAGCUACCUGAACACUCGCAAGGUCUUACUCGGACUCAGUGUGCCUGCGUUAUCUCAUGCUAUGGAGUCCCCUGUAGUUGAUUGGGAGUACAAAGUGGAAGAAAUGCAGAGGGAGAUGGAUUCUCUCCGACUCAAGCUGCAGGAGAAGGAGAGGAUAAUAAGGGAAUUUGGUGAUCAAUCUUUGGAGUUUGAUGUGUCACGCCUCAACAAACAUGAGCGGACCCAUUCCACUCCGUCCCGCGAUGUUCGCAGCACCAGCAGCCCACAACAUACUCCCAGACUCAGGUCCCGGUCAGUGUCUCCGGCCUCACGAGAUGGUCAGCAUCAUUACUGCACCCUCAAGCGGAAGCUGGCCGACUCAGAGCAUCUCCUGGAACUCAAGUCUCGAGAGCUGGUGGAGCUGCGCAAGGCACAUGGCCAGCGACUUGACAGACUGAGGAGUCUCCAGAACAGCUACCGACUUGUGAAGGAGCAGCUGAAGACACUAGAGGAUGACUCAUUGAGUGGCAAGAAGAAGCUCAAACCUCCUCGUUCUGACCCCCGGGAACUGCAGAAGGAGAACAGUGACCAAGUUUGGAAUGAGCUCUCUCAUUUCAAGAGUGAAAACCGCAAACUUCUGACUGAAAUGAUGGCGAUGCAGGAGGAGCUGGACAUGUUCAGAGUGCAGGCUGCUCAGGAUGCUGCCCUCGUCCAUGAACUUAACUUAAAGCUGGAACAGGCCUACGAAGAUGUUGACUUCCAAGAGAAGAAGAGGGAGUACGAACAUAAAGCCAAAACAGACAUGUCAUCAGAGGUCACGAUCCUCAAGUCUUCUGUACAGAAUAAGGAUGCUGUUUUGGAGAAAUUGGAGAAACAGCUACAGGAAGUGACUGUGGAGAGGGACAGACUGCUGGAGGAGAAGAGACAGUUAAAGAGUACUGUGCUUAUGAUCAACAAGGAAUCAUCCCAGCAGAGAAUUGAAAUUGCCAAUUUGAAGAAGGACAUACACAGGCUUGAGCGAGAGGUUGAGGAGUCCAGUCGGCUCCAGACCAGUCGGGAGGCGUCUGUACCCCUCUCCGACAGCUGCUCCGAGUCCCGACCAAACACCAGGCCAACACCCAGUGUACCAGUGUCACGUAUACGCAGGCGUGGCAGGACAACCAAGAAGUAUCAAGCCAGUUUGAACAAGAGCAUUGAGAAGAUGAAGGCCAUGUUCUCCGACUUCAAUGAGGAGGGGUGGGAGGAAAUAUCAGACAAUCUUACCACUGAGGAAGACACCCUGACAGAGAAUGACACGCUCGGUCGGGCAAUUGUGACGCGCUCACGUACAGACAUGGUCACAUCAGAGACAUCUGACACUGGGACAAGAAGGACUGUCGAAAGAGUGGACAAGAAAGCCAGGAUGUUGAAAGCACAGCCUGGAGUUGUUAUCCAAGAUACUGGAGUAAGACCCUCUGUGUCCCAGAGUCAGGAGUCCUUGACAACCAGCAGCUCAGACACUCUCCACAGAGUUGUAUUAAGAGAGACUGCAACUUCCCCCAUUCCGUUCGGUACUCAACUUAAAGAGAGAGCCAAGAAAGGCCGCUUUCAGAUGGUCACACCUGCUAUGAGGCAGCUAGGAUCACUCAAACAGAGAGUGUGGCACCUCCAGCAACAGAUCGCAGCUCUGCGAGACUCACGGGGACAGGCGCUGAAGAAUUUAAGUGAACAGAAAGAGGCCAAUCAACAGUCUCAGUCAGAUCUGAAUCUGGCAAAUCAGAGACUCAGACUUACAAAGCAGACUGUCCAGAGACUUACGGUGGAGGUGGAGAGGAUGCAGAAGGAAAAGGGGGAGAUGGAGAAACAGCUGUUUGCCAGGGGGGACGACUCCGCCUCCACCAUGAACACCCUGCACGAACGCCACAAUGACCAAGAGUGGAAGGUGCUGGAGACAAGACUCAAGGUGUCAUCAAAUGAGCUGUCCCGCCAGUCAGCCACAAUCAGGAACCUCAAGACCGAGAAUGAGGGACUACAGCAGCAGCUGAAGUCUCUUCAAGAAAGGAUCAACCACAUAGAGAGAGAUAACAGCCAGAAGCGUGCUCUGGUGGAGAGUCAGCGCACCAAGCUGAAAUAUGUUCAGGAGGAAGCCAAAACUGAUGGGGACAGAAUUACUGACUUGGAGACAAAGGUCUGCCUCCUCUCUGAAACCAAUGACAAGAUGAAAACGCAGAUGGAGUCGUCACGGCGGCGUAUGAGUGUGGCGGUGAGAGAGAAGCAGGACUGUGAGGACAAAUACUGCAAGGCUGUGUUGGAUGUCGAGAAGAAGACUAAGCUGUACUGUGAGGCCAAGGCCAAGUGUGGCCAGCUGGAGGAGGCCCUGGCAGAGCUGGAGAAGACAGCCAAGCAGCAGCUGCAUGGCCUUGCCACACAGAGUGAGGCUGCCAUAGAUGCUGCACAGGAGCAGCUCACCAACUCUCAUACGCGCAUACAGCAGUACCAGCUGUUUGUCAAGGCCCUGGGCAAGGAGCUGGUGUUGAGGGUGGAGCAUACCAGGGGGCAGGUGAAGGACUACCUGGUCCGGCGGGAGAAGCACACUCAGCCUGUGGACUUCUCUCUACAGAAGGCCCAGGAUGUGGCCAAGAACAUCCUCAAUCUCAGCCAGUCUGACCUGGAGGACAUCAUGAGUGCUGAUGGAGAUAUGGACACUGAACCGGAUUUGGUGUCAGAAGUAGAGAAGAAGAACAACCGACGCUGGAUAAAGAAAUGUGAAAAAAUCAGCAGCAACAAGGACUUCGUGUUGUCUCUGGUGAACCACUUCCUUCAGAAGGUGGAUGAGAGAGGGGAACUCCUGCUGCAGCUGCAGUCCUAGAGCCCAGCUACACCCACUGCACUUCCAACAUCAUUGUCAUGAAUGUCUCAGGAACUUAUAAUAAUCAGUGCAACGCCCCAGCCAACCAUCGUCUCCACACUACCGACAUUUGCUUCAUUCUGUGAUAUCAUGCUGUCAGUCAUAGGACAGUAUUAUUGCUACUUCCAGCUUGAGAUGUUGUAUUUAUCGUUCACUUAAUACUGUCUUUUGUGUCUGUGAUAAACUUUCAUACUUUCUUAUCUUACCCCAAUGGAAGGAAGUGACUGGUUUUGUGUGCCAAACGGUUUUGAAAAAUUCAUGUCUGGGAAAGUAAUGUUAAUGAAACUGGAAACUAAAGCUUAUGUGAACUUGUGAGUUACAAGACAACACCUUACAUGUGUACCAAGCAGUUACAUAACACCCUACAUGUGUACCAAAGAAUCAUUUGAUGUUUGUUUUGUGACACCAAAGAACCAAAGUUUUUUUGCUUUCAGUCUAACCAGCUGACAUUAGUGUGGUGCCAGCUGAAGUAUAGUGUGGCCUGUUUAAUUCGUGAUGUUAUCAGGGAGGAGUCUUUAUUUGUGACAUAUAUCUUCUUGUACAGUUUCUUAAAUUGAAACUCAUGAAGUACAUUGUUUUAUUGUAAGCAUUUUGUUACAGUUUGUCUCUAGUGCUAUAGCACUAUAUGAAGGUAGCAUCAGAGCACUAGCAGUCCAACUUAUCUCAGGAUUUCUUGUAGUAGAAUGCAGUACAAAGGGGGUGCGGAUAGGUAGCCUAAUGGUUAAAGCAUUCGCUCGUCACACUGAGGACCAGGGUUCAACAUGGGUACAAUGUGUGAAGCCCAUUUGUGGUGUCCCCCACUGUGAUAUUGCUGGAAUAUUGCUAAAUGUGGCGUAAAACCAUACUCACUCACUCAGUACAAAGGGCUUACUGAGCAAUGUAAUUUAACAUAUAAAAGACAACAAAUUCUUGUAUUUUGAGGCCACUGCAGUAAAUACAUCCCAAGAAA